AUGUUGUGUAAGCAUCUUGUUGAUGUCGCAGGUGGUAAUUCAAUCCAUCUUUCCUCUGUACGCCGGUAUACACAAUAUCCUUAUAUAUAUCUUGCUCAUAUUAAUACUAAAUCAUCAAUAAUCGAGUCCAAUUGGAGCAAUAUUGAUUCGAACUUGAACAACAAUAUUGAUAUUGGUUCUCUUUUGCUGCUUAUAUUAUCCAACAAUGAAAAUGACGCAUCAGAUCAGUUUCAACAAAUGGUUAAUGAAUUAAAAAAUUUAGCUGCUAAUUUACAAAAUGAAAUUAUUAAUG